CACCAAAGUGGCAUUUUGGUCUUUUAUGGACCACCCUCCCUUUCUUCAACAAAACCCACACCUUCCCCACGUUAACUAACCAAACCAACCGUACCAUACUUCAAAAAUCAAAUUCAACACAAAGAGAAGAAAAAGAAGAAAGAAAACACACUACAAUGAAGAAACAAAAGUUCAUAGUAGAACAACAAAACUCAAACAACAACAACAACCUAUUUGAAUCACUCUCAGAGGAACUCAUUUUCACAAUCCUAGAUUUCCUCGAACCAAAUAACCAAUCAAAACAAACCAAAAAAUCAUUCUCUUUAUGUUGUAAAUGGUUCCACGCGCUUGAAUCAAAACACAGACGCGCUCUCCGUCCUUUACGCGCCGAACAUAUACCAACAAUUCUCGCGCGUUAUCCAUCUAUCCAAAACAUCGAUCUAACCUUGUGUUCGCGCGUGAACGACACGUCCUUAACUCUGAUCGCCGGAGCGUAUAAAAAUACGCUCAGGCGUAUCGAUUUAUCGAGGUCGAGGUUUUUUACGUGGAAUGGAAUAUUGAAUGUGGCAGUGAAUUGUGUGAAUUUGGUUGAGCUUGAUUUGUCGAACGCGACGGAGUUGAGAGAUGCAGCUAUGGUUGGUGUUGCACGCGCUGUGAAUUUGGAGAAACUUUGGUUGAAUAGGUGUAAGUUGGUUACUGAUAUGGGAAUUGGAUGUAUUGCUGUUGGUUGUAGGAAAUUGAAGUUGAUUAGUUUGAAAUGGUGUGUUGGUGUUGCUGAUUUAGGUGUUGAUUUAAUUGCUAUUAAGUGUAAACAACUUUCUUCUAUGGAUCUCUCUUAUUUGCCUAUCACAGAGAAAUGUCUCUCCUCGAUCUUCAAAUUGCAACAUCUCGAAGAUUUGGUCCUUGAAGGAUGCUUUGGCGUUGGGGACGACAGCCUCAACAAUUUAGUCGUCAACCAAGGAUGCAAGACAUUAAAGAAACUUGAUAUCUCAGGCUGUCAAAACAUAAGUCAUAUCGGUCUAUCAAAGCUAACAAGCAUUUCUGGAUGUGUCGAACAACUUGUAUUAGCAGAUGGUUCUCCGGUGACUCUUGCUUUUGCUGAUAGUUUGAGUAAACUUUCGAUGUUGCAAUCGAUCACAUUAGACGGCUGCAUUAUUACCUCUGAUGGAUUGAAAGCCAUUGGAAAUUUGUGCAUUUCACUUAAGGAACUCAGUUUAAGCAAAUGUUCCGGAGUGACGGAUGAAGCUCUUUCUUUCCUUGUGUCAAAACACAGAGAUUUAAGGAAACUUGACAUCACAUGCUGCCGCAAAAUAACCGAUGUUUCAAUUGCUAGCAUUGCGAAUUCGUGCAGAAGUCUCACUUCUCUCAAAAUGGAGUCGUGUACGCUAGUUUCAUCAGAAGCGUAUAUAUUGAUUGGACAGAAAUGCCAUUAUCUUGAGGAACUUGAUCUCACCGAUAAUGAAAUUGAUGAUGAAGGCCUUGAAUCCAUGUCUCGUUGUUCGAGGCUCUCCAGCCUUAAACUAGGAAUCUGCCUGAACAUAACUGAUAGAGGAGUUUCCUAUGUUGGCAUGUGUUGCUCAAAGAUAAAGGAGCUUGAUCUAUACAGGUGCACAGGAGUAACAGAUUUGGGAAUCUCAGCAAUUGCUUCUGGUUGCCCUGACCUAGAGAUGAUAAAUACCGCAUAUUGCACUAGCAUUACCGAUAGGGCGUUAUUCUGCUUAUCAAAAUGUGCAAAUUUGCAGACACUCGAAAUUCGUGGUUGUCUUCUUGUUACAUCCAUAGGUUUGGCAUCUAUUUCAAUGAAUUGCAAACAACUAAGCCGCCUAGACAUAAAAAAGUGUUACAAUAUUGAUGAUAGUGGUAUGAUUCCACUAGCUCAUUUCUCCCAAAAUCUAAGACAGAUAAACUUGUCGUAUAGCUCAGUUACAGAUGUAGGGCUUCUUUCACUUGCCGGUAUCAGUUGCCUUCAAAACUUUACCCUACUUCACCUGCAAGGCUUGUCUCCACAAGGACUAGCGGCAGCGUUAUUGGCAUGUGGAGGGCUAACAAAAGCAAAGCUUCAUGUUAAACUAAGAUCUCUUUUACCCGAGCUGCUCAUCAGACAUAUAGAAGCACGAGGGUGCGUGUUUGAAUGGAGAGAUAAAGUGUUUCAGGCUGAAUUGGACCCCAAGUGUUGGAAAUUACAGUUAGAAGAUCUGAUACAAUAGGAUUGUCUGAAGUUAAUAACGACGACUCGCACAUUAUGUGCAUACGAUAUUCAAGUUAGUGAAGAAUCAUACAUCUCAGAUGUAAUAAGCAUCCAUGAUCCAUUCACUUCUCUCUACUACCCUUCCACUUAUACUAGAAGAAAGAAAAGAAAAAUAAAACAUAGUGACAUGAAAGAUGUUAGAAGUUCAUAGGUCCUACAUUAACAAGAAACUUGUGUUUCAGAUUCACACAUGAAGACUCACAAGUUUUUAUUGUUCUUUGUAGAAUGUUGUAUCCAUUUUUUGUGUUAGAAGCUGGUUCAAUCAAGUGUAUAAAAACUUUGUAACCCCUUUGAUCAUGCUUCAUCUUUUUUAAGGGUCCUGCUAAAAGCAAAGGGUAUUCAAGUGUAGAAAAUUUGUAAUUUCAUGUUUUGUUUUAAUCCUAGAUUUGUACUCUUCUGAGACCUCAAGAAUAGAAAAUGUUUCAAAUGUUGUUGCAAUUAUCAUUGACAUUUUUUUUUGUUGACAAUAUUAACUUAAUAAUGAGAUUUGACCUUUUAGAGGUUCUUGGAUUCUUC